AUGUUGCAAGCCCAAAUUGGCCACACCGUGGAAGCCUACAUCGACGACCUCGUUGUCAAGAGCCAGCAGGAAUCCAACCACCUCCAAGAUUUGGCUGAAGUCUUUGAAAUCCUUAAACUACACAAGCUCCGCCUAAAUCCUGAAAAGUGUGCGUUCAGCGUGAGCGCAGGAAAAUUCCUUGGACAUUUGGUCACUCGACGUGGUAUUGAGGCCGACCCCAACCAGAUCAAGGCUGUUAAAGACUUGCGCCCACCGAGAACAAUCAAGGAAGAGUUUGAGACCUUGUAUCUGUAUCUUGUCGUCUCUGCCCACACAGUCAAUUCAGCACUAGUGCGGCGAGUUGGCACAGAUGACAUGCCCAUCUAUUUCACAAGCAAAACACUCCUCCCAGCGCAAACACGCUAUCUGCCACUUGAGAAAUUGGCACUCGCUCUCGUCUCAGCAGCCAGAAAACUCUUACCUUACUUCCAAUCCCACACCAUCACCGUCUUAACAGAGCACCCACUAAAAAGCCUUUUUCGGAAAGCUGAUCUAUCCAACAGGGUCUUCAAAUGGGCAGUCAAAUUAGCAAACUUCGACAUCUGUUUUGAGCCACGAACGGCGAUCAAGGGUCAAAUUCUCGCCGACUUCAUCGCAGAAUUAACACCGAAAGAUACGGAUAUUCUCAAAACUCCCACCCCUCAACCUAUCACAGAAUCAACAAAAGCACCAAUACCUUGGCAACUCUUUCAAGGCGACAUCUGUUCUCUAAGCAUCAACUUCCCCGCCACCAAUAAUGAAGCUGAAUACGAAGCCCUCCUUGUUGGUUUACUCUCCGUAGUUGCGAUGAAAGUCUCCGAUCUUGUUAUUUUCUGUGACUCCCAACUCAUAAUUAACCAAGUACUUGGGGACUAUGAGGCUCGGGACCCACGAAUGUCGAAAUACCAGGCAACAGCAGCCGAACUUAUCACACACUUCAAGAAUUUCAAAAUUGAACAGAUCAACUACGAACACAACGCGCAUGUAGACGCACUCGCUGGCCUAACCUCAGCUUCCAAAGCCUCCGAAUUUAGAACCAUCAACGUUGGUAGCAUUGACCACCCAAGCUUUGACACCACUCCAGAAGCACUCAAUGUUGAACUCGGUCCAAGCUGGAUGAACGAGAUCGUUGCGUUCCUCAAACAUGAUAGUCUACCAGCAGACAAGAAAAAAGCUUAUCGCAUCAGGAAUAAGGCCGCUUAUUACUGGCUAUCAAAAAGUGGCCAACUCUACAGGAAAUCUAUCUCGGGCCCUUAUCUUCUCAUCGUCCACCCAACCUGA